UUCCAUUUCCUAUGCUAUUUUCCCAUCGGUUGCUCCGAUCCUUGUAGCCACUGGCCUGAUCUUUUGCUACAGCUUUGCAUUCGCAAUGGCAGCAGUCGAUGAGAAGAGCAUAGCGAUGGAGGUAGACGAGGCCGGUGCCAGCGGCGAACACGCUCCUCCCCAAUCAUCGUGGCGGGUGAGGAAAGGCGGUUACAGAGCCACCAUGUUCUUAUUUGUGAUGUCGGGAUUGGACAGCGUAGGAUUCGUUGCGAACAUGGUGGGCUUGGUCAUCUACUUCAUUGUGGUGUUGCACUUCGACUUGGCGGAGGCUUCCACCACGCUCACCAACUUUAUGGGUGCAACUUUCCUCAUCUCCUUGCUGGGAGGUUUCAUCUCUGAUACCUACAUGACCCGCCUCAAUACGGUUCUCGUCUUCGGAAUUUUUGAAAUACUGGGGUAUGGGCUUUUAACCGUACAAGCCCACAAAAGCAGUUUGCGGCCGCCAGCCACGUGCUUUACGUGCCCGCUCAAGGACGGCAACUUGCGGCUGUUCGAGACGACGUUGUGCCUGCUCGCUGUGGGCUUCGGCGGCACGCGCGGGGCGUUGCCGGCGCUGGGCGCCGACCAGUUCGACAAGAGCAACCCCAAGGAAGCACGUCAACUCACCAGCUACUUCAAUUGGCUCCUCCUCAGCGUCACUGUCGGUGCCAGCAUCGGCGUCACGUUCAUCGUCUGGCUCAGCACCGAGAAGAACCGCUGGGCCUUGGCGUUCUUCAUUUGCAUGGUCCUCGCCAUCGCCGGUUUCAUAUGCCUCGCCGCAGGGAAGCCUUUCUACCGCGUCCGGGUACCCGGAGACAGCCCAAUGCUGAAGCUUAUUCAGGUUGUCAUCGUUUCCAUUAGAAAUCGGAAAUUACCACUGCCGGACAAUGCAGAUGAACUAUAUGAGAUGGAUGAGAAAGACCAUAGCAAGAUUAAGCAUGAAGAAGUUCUGGAUCACACAAGUCAGUUGAGGUUCUUCGACAAGGCAGCAGUGUUGGCUGCAGGGACUAACCCGGAGCCAUGGAAGGUGUGCCCCGUUACCCAAGUCGAGGAGCUUAAGAUCAUCAUCCGCAUGCUCCCGAUCCUAGCGAGCACGGUCGUGAUGAACACCUGCCUGGCGCAAUUGCAGACCUUCUCGGUGGCGCAGGGUCGAAUAAUGGACCUCAGCCUUGGCCAUUCCUUCAAGGUCCCCCCUGCCUCCAUCCCGGUCAUCCCGCUCGUCUUCAUGUCUUUCCUUCUCCCCCUCUACAACAUGCUCUUUGUCCCCUUCGUCCGUCGCUUCACCGGCCGCCCCUCCGGCAUCUCCCACCUCCAGCGCGUGGGAAUCGGCCUCGUCCUCUCCGCCGUCUCCAUGGCCAUAGCCGCCGUCGUCGAGGUCAAGCGGCGUAACGCCUUCGUCCAUCACAACGAGCAGAUCAGCCUCUUCUGGCUCUCCUUCCAGUAUGGUAUUUUUGGUAUCGCAGACAUGUUCACGCUAGUCGGUCUCAUGGAGUUCUUCUACAGCGAGGCGCCUACCGGGAUGCGGUCCCUCUCCACCUCCCUCUCCUAUCUCUCCCUCUCCCUCGGCUACUUCCUCAACACGGUGUUGGUGCACGCCAUCAACGCCGUCACCGCCCGCCUCGCCCGCAGCCACCGUGGAUGGAUCGAGGGAACCGAUCUUAAUAUCAUAAACCUCGACUUGUUCUACUGGUUCCUCUCCAUUCUCAGCUGCCUAAACUUUGGGGUAUAUCUCCUAUGUGCCACGUGGUACAAGUACAGGCGAGAUUACAAGAUCAAUGGUACUGAUGAUCAACUGAAACAACUGCAGCAAUCCCACAAUGAUCCCGAUGAUCAACUGAAACAACUGCAGCAAUCACAAAAUGAUCCUGAUGAUCAACCGCGGACCUGAGUUCGCGUUCCAUGUGUCAGCCACAUUCAUAUAUGUAUGGUUGCCUAUAUAGCUCGUUGCUUCUAGAUUGCGUAGGAAUUGUGGAUCGCAAUUGGUGUGUGACCCUCCCGUCCCGUGAGAAAGUCCUGUGGCAGAAGAGCAUUGUAGUUCUGUUUUUUACCAGACAUUAUAAGUUGCUAAUUAGCAUCCGAAACAUUAUUGGUUUCGUAAGGACAAACAGUAUUAGAAGGACCAAUAAAGCUCGUUUUUAUGCAAAAUGAUGUCAUCUCUAGGCAAACGUGCA